AUGAAGCUUGCUGCUGGCCUUAUUUUCGCGGCACUCGCUUAUAAUAAUGUCACCGCUGGCAACCAGAUGUACCUACGUUCAUCGGACCCGCAAGCUCAGGACGUCUCCGACAGUAAUGACUCCGAUUUUUCGACUUUCGACUCGCUUGACGUCGACGAGAAUGAUGACAAAGGCGACAAGGAUGAACUCGUUAACGAUCGCGCCGACUUUCUUGGCCGCCAAACCCAUAGCAUUGAAAGUAACGACCUAAAAACUAGAAUUAUGUCACUGAUUGGUAGCGGCAGUGGCGUGGCUGAUCUGCAGGACAUUAUUGACAGCCUUCAUAUAAAUCAGGACUCUGAUUCUAGCGGACUUCCUAAAGAUGAUGAGUCUUGGCAUCUUGACAGUGAAGGCAACGGAGAUAAGGGGGUCUUUUCGAAGGAAAGGAAGGAAAACACAUUUAUCAGUGACCUGGAUAGUGACGACCUAUCAUGGAUAUCGGAGGACAAAGAGAAGAAUCUGGCAUUGAUUGACAGUCAUCGAAGUGGAAUGCAGAACUUCCUUGACACCUUCGCAAAUGAACGCGGCUCGGACGCUAGUAGCUCUCGCUUUGAUAACUCUGACAUCUUCUCUGACUCGACCGAUGAUAUUUCAUCUGAGGAAGCCAAAGAAAAGGCAUCUGUCGACGAAUUAGAUAGCGAUGGUAUAUCCCGGUCGUCGGAGGAUAGUGAAGAUCCCACACUCGCAAUUUCAGGGGCAAGAUUGAAGGAUUCGCCUUUGAUCAAUGACAGCGACAGCAACGACGAAAUUCCCAGUAAGACUGGCCUCGAAAACCAGCUUACCAAAACAUUAUUGUGA